AUGGAGCAUCUGAGGAAACGUGACACUACAGCAUGGACUGAAGAAAAAGCGCGCGAGGGGGGGGCGUCGGUGAAUAAUACCACACUCGAUCACAUCGACGGCUUCACUGGUGCUGUCAAUAGGGAUGAUGAUAAUUUCAGCGGCUCAAACGUGCGCCAAGCAAGCCAAGGGCCGGGUUCCCGUUGUGGGGGGGUCUCACCAAAUUAUAACGAGGAGGACCGCCACAUACCUCUGCGUUGGUUUCUACACGUCGUCAUUGCUAUUUUGGUAGGUAUGAUCGCAACUUUGGUGUUAUACCUUGUUGAGUUCAUUGAAUCAUGGCGAUUCAACACACUGGACUUGGUGAUUCAUUCCUCGUCAGUCCGCAUGCUGAGCUACUCGCUUGGUCUUGUGUUUUUUGUUAGUGUUUCAGUUGGGCUUGCGGCUGUCGCGGGUGCUGUGGUAGUUUACGUUGAGCCUGCUGCGGCCGGAGGCGGCAUCCCGGAUGUUAUUACAUAUCUUAACGGUGUGCACCUUCCCAGGGCCAUGAACGUGCGCACCUUUGCUGCGAAGGCGAUCUCGUGUGUGUGUGCAGUGGCCAGCGGGCUGCCAGUGGGCCUGGAGGCCCCGCUUAUACACCUUGGGGCCAUCACCGGCGCCGGCGUUACGCAGGGGCGCAGCCGGACGUUGGGGUUUCAGACCUCUUUUUUCCAGGAGUUUCGAAACCACAUGGAUCGCCGAGAGUUCAUCACAGCUGGUGCGGCGUGUGGCGUCAGUACGGCCUUUGGGGCCCCCAUAGGUGGCCUGCUUUUUGUGAUGGAGGAGAUGUGCAGUUUUUGGGACCACACGGCCAGCGGAAGAAUCUUCCUUGCCACCAUGCUUUGCUUUACGAUGAGCAGCAUCAUCAACUCUCUCGUGGAGAAUCAGCGGCCGCUGGGGUGGAUCUCCAACACGGUGCUGCUGCUCUUUGAGGUGGACUUGAUGAUUCCUCUGAAACUCAUCUCGAUCGUUCCUUCGCUUCUCCUUGGUGCUAUGCUUGGCGCUUUAGCCGCCCUCUUUACUAAAGUUAACCUGAUUCUCAUAAAGUGGCGCCGACAGGUACUGCUGACGACCCCGUUGCGUCGUUUUCUUGAACCUGUGCUGCUUGCCAGUCUGUAUAGUGCGCUGAUAUAUAGCUUCUCAUUUCAUUCCAUGUGCUAUCCUUUCAAAGACAUCGCGAAUCCAAACGAGACCAUUUGCGUAUGGGGCACCGAGCCCCAGAGUUAUCUCUUCAAUAGUACUUGCACCGAAUCUGGCACCUACACGCCGUUCGGUACUCUUAGCAUGGAUACAGGGAAGAAGGUAAUUCGUCACCUCUUCACCAGACAGACUAUCCUCGAGUUCCCUGGAUACACCCUUUUGUGCAACUUUGUGAUAUACUUCGCGUUUGCAUGCCUUUCCAGCGGUGCAGCCGUGUCUGGUGGGCUCGUUGUUCCCAGUCUCGUCAUUGGUGCUACUUUUGGUAGGUUGUUUGGUCUCUUUUUAUGGCAUAUGGGGUCUACGGGUGCGGGUGUGGAUCGUGGAUAUCUCUGCACAGAUGCUUGGAUGGAUCCUGGUGUGUUCGCGCUGAUUGGUGCUGGUGCUUUUCUGGCUGGCACCUCACGCAUGACUAUCUCGAUCUGCGUCAUCAUGGUCGAGCUUUCCUCAGAGCUGCACUACCUUUUGCCAGUGAUGGUGGCCAUCGUGGUGUCAAAGUCGGUGGCUGACAGACUCAGUAAGCCCCUUUACCACGAAAUAUUACAUCUCAGCUGUGUGCCGUACCUAAGUGCAAAUCUGCCGCACCCCGAUUUCGAACAGCUUGCGGUCGCCGAUGUCAUGAGCACAAACGUGGUGAUCCUCAGACGACGCGAACGGACUGAGGUCGUUCUGUCGGCCUUACUGAAUACGACUCAUCACGCUUUUCCUGUUGUGGAGGCAACAUAUGAAAGUGGUGACCGAACUCAGUGUGGCGGCCGAACGCUAAGGUGCAAUGUAACAGGAGAUGGUCCCCGACAAGGAAACAUCCCCAGUACAAGCCCUGACGGUGACUGGAGUCGAGGGCCUCGCUACAAGUUCGUCGGCCUCGUUACGCGUGAGGAUCUUCAGGUUUAUUUCACGUUACCCAACUUCCGCGAGUUUCCACCAUCACCCAGCAGUUGGGAUAACGCAAAACUGCCUCCAAACGACCCAGAGAGUGAUGGGUUUGGUGGCCGCCUCGCGCCGAGUGUUCAGGUGAUCAACCGAAUGAGCUGGGAAGAGUGGCAUGACCACAAAACAUCUCUCUUUCUGAAAGUCGCUAACCACGACGACUGGGUGAAGUUCCACGCCCCUCUCCGUGGUGAUGACAUCGCGCCCAGAUCACAGUAUUACUCCACCGCGGCGAUUGGGGCGGCAGCCGCCGACGGUAAUGCGCUUCUGGCCGCGAGCCCUGAGCACACGCAUCUGCCUAAGGUUGUGGACCUUUCCCUGAUCCUUAAUCGCAGCCCAUGGGUAGUUACGCCGUUUUUCAAUUUGCAUAUGUGCUAUAAGAUGUUUCGCAGCAUGGGCCUCCGCCACUUGGUAGUUGUCGACGGUGAUGAGGUCUGUGGCAUGAUCACACGCAAGGAUCUCUUAGUGGGUGCGCUGCGCAGGCAGAUGCGGAAGAUGCACUCACGACUAGCAACACGGGGUGAGGGCGAUAUUACCACACAGCAUAAUGAAGCAUUUCCAAUACCGGAUAGACUAUAUGAUGUGCCUGAUGACAUCAACAACACUGAACAUACGCUUCUGCUUGAGAAAGUUGUGUGA